AGUGCAAGAAGAGAGGGUGGCGGAAUCGGCAGGCGCCAUCACGCGGGGCCACCGCGACCGUCGUCUGAAGGGCCGUCCAGCCAGUGGCCGCGAUCUCGAUUCACCUCAAAGAUGGUCAUGAUGGCUAGCAUGGACGACCACGAGCGAAAAGUCAUCCUCGAGUUCUGCCACCUGCUCGAGAAAAGCAAGCAGCUGUUCAACGGGCUACGGGAUCUGCCACAAUACGGGCACAGGCAGUGGCAGAGCUACUUCGGGCGCACCUUUGACGUCUACACGAAGCUGUGGAAGUUUCAACAACAGCACAGGACGAUACUGGACACAAAGUACGGCCUGAAGAGGUGGCAAAUCGGAGAGAUCGCGAGCAAGAUCGGCCAACUUUACUAUCACUAUUACCUACGUACCAGCGAGACUUCGUAUCUCCACGAGGCCUACUCGUUCUACGCGGCGAUCCGCGGCCGCUCUUAUUACAGCCGCGCCGUCAAGGAGGACCGAAGCGACCUGAUGGUGAAGAAGCUCAGGUACUACGCGCGUUUCAUCGUCGUCUGUCUGCUGUUGAAUCGUAUGAAGCUCGUCCGUGAACUGGUGCAAGAGCUGGACGCCCAGAUCACUAAUUACACAAGCACGUACGAGCCGGACGAUCAACUCGAGUGGAAUUUGGUUCUCGACGAGGUCAAGACGUUCGUGAAGGCCGAGUCGGCCAUCGGAGUGGUGCAUUCGGACUCGAACCCGGUCAUACUGUCCCACCGGCUGGGGGCCCAGACUUCACCGCCAGUCGAACGUACGCCACCCAUGUGCCUAUCUCUGCAGGAGAUCCUGAUCGUUGGCAACUGCGCCGACCAGGUGAAGUUCAGUGAAUUGUCGAUGGACAUGUUCAGGAUGCUGCAAACGCUCGAACGGGAGCCAAGGGACGACCCUAAUCACCUGCACGACGCGUCGCCCGCGGGUAGAAUACCGUUCAGGCCUGGUGUGUAUCCUGGGACCGAGAACGGUGCCAGGCGGGACAAUCCACACAAGUACCUGCUGUACAAGCCCACCUACAGCCAGCUACAGGUAUUCCUCGCCAGCGGCUUCAAGGAGUUGCCUGCCAACGGCGCGCUGUUACUCUACUUGUCCGCCGACGGCUGCUUCUCCACUGUCAAGCAUCCGGAAGAAAUGGGGUACGACCUGGGUGGCGUGUCCACGUGCAGCAAGAGGGACCCGGAGCACGGGAAGAGGCCGACAGGUGGCAAGGAACCGCACUGCCUAUACCCGGGUGACCUCUAUCCGUUCACGAGGAAGCCACUGUUCGUGGUCAUCGACUCAGACAACAGCUUCGUGUUCCAACAGAUGCCCCAUUACUUUGGGCAGCCGUUGAUGGUGCUGAUGUCCCCCCAAGACAUGCCGCCGACGUUACGUGACGUCCGACACGGUGGAAGCCUGUUCACUCUGUUUCUCCACGCCCCUCUAGCCGCGUUUUGCCUUAUAUGCAACAUCGGCAGCCUAGCCGUGCACCACUGGGAGCGAUGCCAGCAUUACAUCGAGCGAUUCCUCAUCGAGGCCUGUCAACUCGUCAUGCGCUCCAGAUGUGAGACCAGCGUGUUGCAAUUCUUCGGCGACGAUUUCCUACGACUGUUGCUGGUGCGCUACGUGUUCUGCGACGUGGUGUUGAAUCUGCACCGGACGUUCAGGGGUCGACAGCAGAGGCCCCGUUGUCAUCCACCGUUGCCGGACGCGGAGGUCCUCGAGCAUCCCACCCUUCAUCAUCUGGUGCUCGAUCUGGCCGCCUGCCUCGACUGCCGUGACCACUUUCCGGAAAGCAACGAGCUCGCCUGA